AUGAGCGCUGCACGUAACCACGACAUCUGUCGCUUUUUCUUCGCCGUCUCUGCGGACCACUACCACAUGUGCUACUACUGUGGGACGCAGCCUGCCUCGAACAUGUAUCAGUGGAUUGAGUGGAUCGCCUCCCGCAACAUGCCUUUGAGCGAGGUUGACGAUCCACUCACAAGAAGCAUGUCCAAGCUAAAGGCAGUCUGCUCAAAGACUCUCAAGCGCUACAUGUCAUUGCUUAUGACGGCUGUCGAGGCCCAGAUUAGUGCAGAGAUGCCAGGCCUGUAUGGCUAUAAGUCCACGCUCUAUCUAGAGAAUUGCGUGGCUCUUUACGGUGUGUAUUGGCAGAAGGGGCAGCUCAAGCUUGUGCUACUUGCUAUUGCACCAAUGGAGGAAGAACCGAGCCUAUCGUUUCUGAUUGGUGAUAAUUGCGCUACCAACCAAGCUAUUGCGAUACUCCUCAACGUCCCCCUAAUUGGCUGUGCCUCUCACCGCUUUAAUCUGGCUGUGAACUCGUAUUUGAGCUACUACAAGACGGAAGUUGAAGCAGUGAGCGCGCUUAUGGCAGCGCUGCGCACGAUCAAUUACCGCGCCGCUUUGCUUAAGUACACGUCCCUGUCCCCUAGAAGACCGAACGCGACACGGUGGAGCUCCACCGUCGAGAUGGUGGCUCGCAAUGUGCGUUGCCGUGACGAAAUCAAGCGGGUUGAUAUCGUCUUCGACCUCGCCCCCAAGGCAACAACGCACCGGCGGAUCGAAGCUCUACAGGAGGACCUACGCGACUUCCAAAGCGUCACCCUUAAGCUACAGCUAGAGGCCCUAACACUCGCAGACGUUCGCGUGUUGUUCGACUCCGUCGCGGAGCACUUCCCAUCUACGAAGGCCAAGCUGAGUGCUACUGCUCCAAUUGUCCAUUCUCCUGCUUUUGAGGUGGCGACGGUGAAGGUAAUUAACGGAGAGGUGGGACGGCUGACGUCCAGUGAGUGCAAGGCCAUCAAGCACUUCGAGGUGGCGGCGGCACCAGCGAGCUCAGGCUCGAAGCGCAAGCAGCGGGACGACGAAGAGGCGGAAGGGGACUUUGCGACAUCCGGGUUGCACGCCAGGAACGCGAGCGGGUCCCCGCUGACAGCGGCAUUGUACACGGAGCUCCUGAAGAAGCUUCCGACUACCAGCAACCGUUGUGAAAGGCUUUUCUCCCAAACUAAGCUGGUUCUGACUCCCCAGAGAGCCUUGUUGUUGCCGGUAAACUUCGAAAUUCUGAUGUUCUUACGCGCUAACAGAAAUUAAUGGAAUGUGUCUAACAUGCCGGGCGUGUACGACAGAUAUGAGC